AUGGCUGACGAUGAUAAGAAUGACGUAAUGAAGUACAAGUACAUCAUCAAAAAUGUGGGGGAAAAGUAUGAAAUAGACCCAGCUAUCAUCUGUGGCAUCAUCUCAAGAGAGUCCAGAGGUGGGAGAGCAAUACGGGACAAGAAUGGUUGGGGGGACCAUGGAAAGUCCUUUGGGUUUAUGCAGAUAGGCACUCAGAUUAUAAUUAAUUGAUUGAUUGAAGUCGCUGAUUGGCCAGAGAAUUCCAGUCACUUGGGUCAUAUUCAUAAAGGCAGGCAACACAAAGCAUUUCAAAACUAUUUGUAUCUGAAAACAAAAAAAGGCAGCUUUCUUAUUGGACAAAUCCAGGUAGUCCCUCGCGGUUUUCUUCCGCUUGGUGCCUAAUGAAUACAUCCCUGGUGCCCCAGGUAUGAAUCAGACCCUCGAAGCCCAGAUUUCAGAGCUAUGAAUGGAAUUCAUAGGUUAUUAAAGUUGUUAAUCUUAUUUAUGUUUCUAUUACCUUUGUUUGAUGCUGAAUGCCAUGUUUCAAUGACAUUACAGUGGAUGCUGGUGGUAGGACAGGCUCAUUGUAAUGGCUAGAAUGGAAUUAAUGGAACGGAGUAAAACGUGGUUUCCAUAUGUUUGACACUGUUCCAUUAAUGCCAUUCCAGCCAUUACGAUGAGCCUGUCCUCCAAUAGUUCCUCCCACCAUCCUCCUCUGAUUGCAAUAUAAGUGAUUUCAUUCAUCAUUGAUUUCAAUCUUAUAUUUCCUAGGUUGAUGUUACUCCAAAUGGUGGCAACCACACUCCAAAGGGAGAAUGGGACAGUCAGGAACAUCUCAAACAAGGCACUGAAAUUCUCAUUAAUUUAUUCAAAAAGAUCCAGAGAAAGUUUCCUGACUGGACCAAGGAGCAGCAGCUGA